GUCGAUUGCGAGCCGGCCGUAUCCAUGGAGCUCAUCACCAUGGUUUGCUGCCAUCGUGUCCCGCCCUCCCCGGCCGCUGCCUUGCCGCGCCGCCCUAUUCAUUCCAUCCAAUCCCUCUCCUAGCAUGCCCACAGGGUCGUAGGACCUUCUUCGGCCUCUUCCAGAAACCUCCGCGGCAGCUCAAGGAACCCGUCCUUGAGCCUGGCUACGAUGUUCUGCUGCAUUUCGCCAGUCUAGAGACGGAAAAUGCGCGCCCUCCGGAACGGAACGGCCUGGUAACAGGCUGGACCAUGUUCAUCCGCCACAAAAAGAGACACCACAGGGUCAUGAACCCGACUCAAGCUAUGCUCGCCCUGAGACUGCUCCGCCACCUCUUGGCAGAGGACGCCGAGACCGGGAGUCCCUCCGAGGACCUCAGCUUCGAUGACCUCCGGGACGCGCUGGUAAUCGCAGUAAAGCCGCCAAAAGGCCGGGCCGAACACCAUCUCGAGCUUGCAAGGCUCGUAUACGGAGAGAUCAACCGCAGGAUACAGAGCAUGCGCGAUCUCGGUCUUGACGAGGACAUGAUUCGGGAGGCUAGCGGCGGGAAGGAUCGCGGCGACUUCAAGCUAUUUCUAACGGCCCUAACGCAGUACGGCGCCUCUUUGGAAGCCUCUGAAACUCUCGCCCAAUACGUGCGCAAGCUUCAGGAGGACAACAAAAUGUACAAGGGGGUGAAAAGCCUCUGGACGCUGGUUCUGCGGGGUCUCGCUCAGGAGGGUCGGGAAGAGGAGCUGCUUCGCGAGUACAGGACGGCGGAAGAAGCCGGCGUCGAGUACAUGCCACCUGUCCACGAAAUCAUGACGACAUUUUAUGCCACGAGGGAUAGGGUCGAGGAGACGAAGCAGUGGUUUGAAAAGCCUAUAUAUGGCAACUGGAUGAGGAGCCCAGAAUCGUACAUGGAAGUGGUGAGGUUUGCGCUUAGAACCGGGGAGCAGCAAUGGCUUCAGUCCGUCUUUGAGGAGUUGAUCAACUCGAAUCCUCCGAAAGAGUGGUGGGACGUUGUGUUCCAGUGGGCAGUGUUGGUUUUGGACAAAGGGGUCGAGGAUAUCAAGCAAUUGAUAACAACCAUGGAGCAGCACGCGGACGGCCAGAAUGACUUGAAACCGGACGCAACGACCAUCAAUGUUCUGAUCAAGGCCGCCAUCGAGAAGAAGAACCCCUACCUCGCCGAGAGGUUCCUCUCCUUGGGCGCCGAGCUUGGCAUCAGGCCCAGUUCAACCACAUACAUCCUCCAGUUGGACUACCGCCUGGAUGCAAAGGACCUCAGCGGGGCGCAAGUCAUAUACGACAAGCUGAUGAGGGGUGAAGUCAAUGUCCGGAACGACGAGGACCUCCCCGUUCUGAACAAGUACCUCCGCACAUUAUGCUCCGGGCCCGAGCCAGACAUGGAGCAGAUCCUCGACGUCACGGCCGACCUGGAGCACCGGCACGCGACGCUUGAGCCCGAGACGGUUGUUGCGCUUUGCAUGGCCUUCCUCCGCCGCGACAACCAGUACGACGUGAUCGACACGCUGUCGCUGCACACGGUCUCGUACAGCCUUGAGGAGCGGGCCCAGGUCCGCAAGGCCUUUGUAGACUACUGCCUGGACAAGAAGAUCAGCACGGCCCGCGUCUGGGACUGCUACUCGCUGCUCCGGCAGUUCUUCCCAGAGACGGAACCCUCCUACCGCAUCCGGCUGAUGGACGCCUUCUUUGAGCGCCGCCGGCCCGACAUGGCGUGCUACAUCUUUGGGCACAUGCGGGCGCACGGCAACCCGGAGCAGCGGCCCACGGCCGACGUGUACGUGCGCUGCCUCGAGGGCCUCGGCCGGCACCCGGACGCAGACUCACUCCGCAUGGUGCACAACAUGCUCAAGAUGGACACGACGGUGCAGAUGAACACGCGCCUAUACAACGCGCUCAUGCUGGCCUACGCGGCCUGCGAGGACCCGGGCACGGCCAUUGAGUUUUGGCGCGACAUCACCAACUCGGCUGAGGGCCCUUCGUACAACAGCCUGGCCAUUGUCUUUUGGGCCUGCGAGCUCCAGCCCUACGGCGACCGCACGGCCAGGCCCAUCUGGCAGAAGAUGCAGAGGAUGGACCUCGAGGUGCCCCCCAACGUGUUUUGGUCCUACUGCGGCGCCAUUGCCGGGUCGGGAUACGUCGACGAGGUUAUCAGGCUGAUCAGGGGCAUGGACGCCAGCGUGGGGUAUCCCCCAGGGAUGAUGACGCUCGGCGUGACGUACAAUGCCCUUCCUGGCCCAACCAGAAAGAAGCACUUUGAAGAAUGGGCAAGGUCGGAAUACCCCGAGAUCUGGGCCCAGCUCGAAAACAAAGGGCGGAGGGAGACCAUUAUGGGCACCAAGUUCAACAUUGUCAGGACUAUGGAGGCGUAAAUAUACGGGUGCACUUGUCGGUGCGUGCUGACCCGCUGCAAACUGGUACAUGUACAGAGUAUAUAUUGUAUACGUAAAAGAUGAUGGGUGCCCCGUGUCCAUGGUGGGUGGCACAUGGACGUUGUUGAUAACUUGGUAUAUCGUACAAUUUACAGUACAACCC